AUGAAUGGGUUUACAGGAGAAAAUCGGUUAUAUGACCUUAUCAUCCUCGGUGCGACGCCAGGGGGCAUAAGCGCUGCUAUCUCGGCCGCCAGAUUGGGAAAGAAUUCUUUGAUACUGGAACGCACCCGAUUUAUAGGUGGUUUGCCUGCCAAUGGCUUAGGCGCCACUGAUAUAGCUACUCGUGGAGCGACUGGGGGCAUUUUUUUCGAAUUCAUCCAGCGCAUUAAGCAGAAAUAUGUUGACAGAUUCGGCUCCGAGUCCAAAGAAGUUGAAGACUGUAGUGAUGGGUAUCGAUUUGAGCCCAGUGUCGCCGAAGUGGUCUUCACUGAAAUGCUGGAAGGUUACAAAACCAAAGUCGAUGUCUUGAAGGAGCGUCAAUUUGAUUUCCAACCGUGGGAUUUGAGGAUGGCGAAAGAUGGAACAAAGAUACAAGCCAUCCAUGUGACUAAUCUGAAGUCUGGUGUCCGCGAGACUUAUCGUGCAUUGUUUUUCGUGGAUGCUACGUAUGAAGGUGACCUCAUUGCAGCUGCCGGUGUUCCUUGCUAUAUUGGCCGUGAAAGUCGAAGUGAAUACGGCGAGCUCGGCGCUGGAAAGGUCUACAAGCUUUGGCGUGGCCCCGAGUGUGUUGGAACUGAUUACACCGGGGACAACGCAGUACAAGCUUAUAACUAUCGACUCUGUCUCACCGACAACCCUUACAAUCGAGUCAGCAUCCAAAAGCCAGCCCACUACAACCGAGAUGAAUACGUCUCUCUUAUCCAAGACGUUAAAACCGGUGCACAUACCAGUAUGGACAGCCUUGAAAUUUCGCAAAAGCAACUAGAAGAAAACGCCAGAAGAGCAGAAAAGAAUCUGCCUCCGGAACCUGAUUACAUUCCAGGAAUUCAACGUCUGUCGAGUAUUUGUAAAUUACCACUCGACAAGUGGGAUGGAAAUAAUAUGCAUUUUGCAUUUAUCUCGACGGACUUGCCAGAGGAGAACUGGCCAUACCCGACAGCGAGCUGGGAAUGGCGCGAUAAGUUUGCUAUCCGGUUACGUGAGUACACCGAGGGGCUUUUCUACUUUGCUCAGAACGAUCCGGAACUUCCUCUUUAUUUCAGAGAGAAAUGCAAGGAGUGGGGUUGGGCAAAGGAUGAAUAUGUCGAGAAUGGUCACUUUCCGAGGCAGAUUUACGUCAGAGAAGGGAGAAGAAUGAAAGGAAAGUACCUUUUUACAGCACACGAUUCUUUACCAACAACAUACAAUGGCCGUCCUCCUGUUCACUACGAUAGUAUAACGGCGAGUCAUUAUCAGUUGGAUUCACAUGCAGUACGCAAACGAGAAGCCGGUAGGGUUCAUUUGGAUGGGUUUCUGGGAUAUCCUUGUGCUCCAUACACAGUGCCAUAUCGGGUAAUGAUACCAGAUUCACCGGUUGGAAAUCUCAUCGCACCUGUUCCUGUGUCUGCAACACAUAUUGGAUUUUCGACAUUGAGGAUGGAGCCGUGUUGGAUGGCGCUGGGACAGGCUGCGGGCAUUGCGGCGUCGCUGUGUAUUGAUGAAAAGAUAGUUGCGGGGGAUGUGUCUAUCGGACAAUUACAAGAUGCACUACUAAAUGAGGGAGCCAUAUUGGUUUAUCAGGCAGGAUUAUUAGAGAGUUGGAAAGAGGGGAAUCGACAGGAGUUUGCCCAGACACAGAAAAAGGAAUUGCAGAUGAAUGGGAUCAAUGUGAGAGCUUUUGGGUAUAGACAGAAGUAG